AUGACUGCAGACACAAAACUCAUUCUAAGCUUGAUCAACAGAAUCACCACAAGGCUACCGAGCAACAGCGGCAAGAAAAUUGACCAUUUGGAAAAUGAUCCAAUGAUCAAACAAACAGUUGCUGCCUUGGUAGAUCUUUCCAAAUAUAGAUUGCCAGUCAUAGCAAGCGUGUUAACUGGGGCAAUUGAAACGGCUACAAAACCCAUUCUCACAACCCGACCCGAUGAGCUUAUUUCCUGCGACGUUCUACAAUCUCAACUAUAUCUUCUCCGCAUCCUGUCAGUUUGUAUGCAACACCACUGGCAGUUUGUUAGAGAUACAAACUGUACCACAGAAUCUGACGAAGUACGAGGCCCAGUCAUACAACCGCAUGCACCAGUAGCCAUUUUAGGACGCGAAGGUUUGCUGAAUCACAAAAACAAAAUAAACUGGAACCCAAAUGCCAUGUCUCCAGAAGAACUCCUAGACCCCCCUCCGCUCGAAGACAACCUAACAAGACUUAUAAUCUCAGUAAUGUCUCGCAUCAUGCACCAAAUGAUCGUUAUGGAAGAACGGGAUCCAGUUUUAGCACAUAGUUACGCCAUCAACCUUGUCAGAACAGAGUACUACACAACUGUCAAAAGUCCAGAUACAACUUCAGACCUUAUGAAAGAAAUAUACAAGACAUCUAGUCGAAUCUUGUUUUAUCUCAGUGCGAGCAAUUGGACAAUUAUGUUUUCCAAAAUCAAAUCUAGGAUCCUCUACCUCUCUACAACCGCAGAUGAAAACCCUGACACGUCUGAGAUGCGAUUUCUCGAGUGUUCAUGUCUUAACAAAAAUCGAUUGGUUAUAAUCCUGACAGAAAUAUCAUCCUCAUUUAUUCAUCUCAAAAAAUCUGCUCAGCUUGUAAUCGCCAUGGUUUUGCGUAGAGCUAUCUGGAACUGGAUAGAGACAUACCCAUACGAAUUUAUGCAGCUUUAUCAUCAACAACGACGUAUUGAAGGUGGAGCUGAUUCUCUAUUCGACAUAUGCUGUUCAUUAGCAGACACAACACGAAAGAAGGCCGUCUUUUGGCCUCUCCAGACAAUGCUGCUUGUUUUGUGCCCUGAUCUUUUGUUUGCAGCCACACUUCCAGAAUCUCGGAAUACGUCCACCAAAAAGACUGUUUUCUUUGGCACUCUAAGAAAGUCGAUCAAAGGAGGCAUGCUGGCGGAACUAGCUGCAGUUUGUUUUGUAGACAUCUUGAAAGCCAGUACAUAUGUGUCCAAGGAUGACAUGGCACUUCUUAAAAACGUUUUGCCAGAAGUCGAUAUGGAACUAAAAAGACGAUUGUUCGACAUGCAGAAACCCAUGCCUUUUGACAGUUCGCUCAUCAACGUCGGCACACCAAUCGACCAUUGCUAUCUUAUGGCCGAUUGCAUUGUUUCUAUGUUUCGACUAAAUCCCCUUGAAACCAUAAACUCACUGUUUAGUAUGUGUACCCUUGAUCGGGCACCAACCAUUUUCAAACAAAGUUCAAUAAAGGCAGCACUCGUUCUUGCUAUGGAACACAGUAGAGUUCAGUGGAUUCAACCUAUAGAAAGAAUCUACACUGUCCUCUGUGAACCUCUACGAAAAAUACUAUUGGAUUUUUUUGGACGUGAUCCUAUCAAGCCAGACGUCAGCACCAGUCGGAAACCUAUACUACACAUCAAUGACAAGAAAAUAAAAAAAGAUCUGCGUUUAGAAAUCAACGAAAGAAACGAUCUUAUCUUGGAUAUACUACGCCUUUAUAAAGUGAUACCUAGAAUCGCUGUUCUGGGUUCAAGUAGCUAUUGUUUUGAUCAAAAUGCUACAGUCAUAUUCACAAUUACACACUGCCUUCGAGACCCACUCAGAUCGAUCCGUGAAGCAGCAGCUGAUUGUAUAUAUACACUUCACCAACCAGUUUAUGUUGUGUCUUGGGGUCCACCCGACUGUUUUAUGGAAACUUUUUGGAAGAUCUCUUCUCAAGUCCUAUUUAUCAUUGCUAAGCAACUAUUAGAUAGCAGGUUUAGGGACUCUGAUAUCAGAAAGCUAUUGGAUCUUCUUAAGAUUUUACUCGAAACCCGGAAUAACUUCCUUCGCGAGCAUCAAGAUGUUGCAUCUCACGGUUACGAUAUAAGAGAGCGUAUCCAAUCUGGAAUUGGAUUAGAAGUUGCGCUCCUUGUAUUGAUGUGUUCAUCUGACAGAGAUGUUUACAACAGUGUGAUUGCAUGCUUUGACCACAUGUGUGCUGAAGCAAGAUUGACCGGAAGCGAUGUUGGUGGUAACCCAAACUCUAGAAUAUUGGGAGAAAACCUACCUGUAUACGCCGAAUUGGUUGCUGGAUCAAGUAUUAUCUCUGGUCGCAAAUCCCAGCAAAAGCGAGUGUGCAGGUCUCUUCGGUUGAUGCCUACUCACUCUCCUGGAAAUCUUGCAGCCUGGGAAGAAGUGUGGAAAAGAUGGAAAAAUAUGAGCCACACGAUUCUACGGCCGCAUGAUGAUGUGAAAGACGACAUGUCAGAAAUGAGUCGAAAAAACAUCUUAUAUCGUCAUGACAAGGUAAAAAACAAUUCUCUCCAACGCCAGGCUGUCAGUAUUUCGACAUCAACCCGACUGGAAGGAAUGGACGAUGACAAAUGGAUAGAGUGGCAAAACUAUGCCGCGUUUUUGGCAUCGUUGGGUGGUGUUUGUUUGAUGGCAAGUGCUACCCAGACUUUUUCUUCGGCAUCAUCCGGCACUUCCUCUACCAAGGGAUCUAUUUCGUACAGCGAUUCGGGGCACGCGAGCCAGAGGUUUUCAGCAGCUACAGAAUCAUCAUCCAUGGUCGAUCAAUAUCUUUUGGAUAUGGUUGAAUUGUUGAUUUCUGACAACGUUCUCGUUCGAGAGUGGGUUCGAGAGAUUCUCGGAAAUGACCUUUCUCCAACACUCUACCCUACAAUGUUCCGUCAUCUGGAAAACACUUUACAGACUUGCUUUGGAGCAGAUAACGACCCUAUUUGUGAGCCUCAGUAUACGCUUUUUGUGGAACAGGCUAUUUCUGUUCUCAAGCUCGUAUUAAACCGCCUAGAAGAAAACGUGAACAAUAUGUUUACCGUCGAUUUUAGUAAUCUUAUUCAUCAGUAUGCACAAUACCUGAAUAAGCUUGGAUGUACCGAGAUGUCCACCAAGAUUAAAAUCAAGAUGUGCCAGCUUUGUGAAGUGUUGAUGGAACGCAAAGAUCGAAUAACCCUGAGACAAGAAUUUAAGUUGCGUAACAAGCUUCUCGAGAUAAUAGUUGAAUGGACUAGUGAUUUUGCUUUGCCUGACGGAACUGCGUACUCUGCGACCUCGACAAACAUGAUAAAGUUUCAACGAGAGCUUGAUUUGGCGUGCCUAAAAACUAUUGUGGUUCUCCUUCACCAAUUGCCACUUCAGACAUCAGAACCCUUGCAUGAUACCGACUCUAGCCAAUUGAAGAGUAGAAUUUUCUACAAGUAUUUCACCUUCUUUUUGAAGCUUUUGAACCGAUGCAGAUUGUCAGAGAUUGGAUCUAAUUCAUCCAUGAAACGUGUUGAGAAUACUUCAAACUUUUCUGUGCAAGUCAAGGAAAACGCUGGUUACAUUUCGCCUCUGAAAAAUUUUACAAUUCUUGCACUGUCCAAUCUUCUCAGUGCAAAUAUUGAUAUUGGAUUGAAAUACUCGCUCUCUAUGGGAUACCACGAAGACUCGCGAACUCGGUCGGCAUUUAUGCAAGUAUUGACCAACGUCCUCAAUCAGGGAACAGAAUUCGAGACUCUUUCAGAAACUGUCAUGACAGAUCGUUAUGAAAAGCUUAUUGAUAUGCUUGUCGAAUUUAGCCCUAACAUUGUAUUAUCUCUUUGCGAGGCAUGUCCUGCCUCUGACAUAGAUAAUGUUGUACAGGCGCUUUUGGUCAGCUUUAGAUCUCGCAAUAAAACAAUGUUGCUUUUAAAAGCACUUAUUGAGCGCGAAGUACAAACCACUGUGAGCGAAGUGGAUCUUUUUAGAAAGAGUAGUGUUGCAACACGUUUGCUCUCUAUGUUUGCAAAAAUGAACGGCUCUGAAUAUGUACGAUCAGUCUUAAAGCCAGUAUUUCAAGUGCUGGGAGAAAGAUCGCCUAGUCAGAAUACAUACGAACUUGACCCUUCAAAAGUCAGUUCAAACGAAGACUUGGUAAAGAAUAAGGAAAAUGUGAUCACAGCUACAGAGAUGUUCUUGAAUGCAAUUUGUUCAUCUGCUGAUCAAGCACCAAGAUCGUUCCAUGAAGUAUGCCACUGCAUUACUACAAUUGUUCGAACUCGAUUCCCCGAAGCAAGUAAUACUGCUGUUGGCUCUUUUAUUUUCUUACGCUUCUUCUGCCCAGCGAUUGUUUCUCCAGAAUCAGAGGAUUUACUCAAGCAUGGCACAGUACUCACAAGAGAAAUGCGCCGUGGUUACCUAAUCUCGACCAAAGUGAUUCAAAACUUGGCAAACAACGUUUUGUUUGGAUCAAAAGAAGCAUUUAUGAUUGUCCUCAACGAUUUCUUAACAAGAAACAUCUACAAGGUGGCCAGCUUUUUGCGUACAAUUGCAAAGGUUCCUGAUGACAACGAUUCAGAUAUAAUAACCGAAACCCCGGUUCAGAUGACUGAAAAGGAUUAUGCUUUGCUUCAUCGUGUCCUUUUCGACAACAUGGAACGUAUAUCAAGAGACUUAGCGGCUCGUCGAACUUACCAGUCGCACGAUCAAGAGCUACUUAGCAUCUGGAGACAAAGUCUUGACAAAUUCGCUAAUCUCCUCGCUCAGCUUGGAAAACCGCCAGAGGUGCAAGAUCAAGGGAAUAAUGAAGCAAAGAACUUUACUUGUGCGGCUACCAACCAGUUGUUUGCCGAAUUUAUGCGCCGGAAUCAUCGCAGAAACGUGGAUAUUAUUGUUUCAAAGAGUAUAUUCUAUGAAGGUGGUGUAUCAAAAGCCGGAAGACCCGUAUUCUACUUCAUUGCACGCCAUGUUGUCGCAGAUAGUAUUGAUUUCGAGCUUAUGGUGUAUCAUAUUUUACAGACACUGGAUCGUUCAGCAAAUAAGAGCUUUGAAUUGGUUAUUGAUAUGACACAAUUCAAUCAGACAAAUGAAAUACCCAAUCAAUGGGUUAGCCAACUUUUACAAGUAUUACCUUCUGGAGUAUCCGAUCGAAUAGAAAACAUCAUCAUUAUGAACCCAAACUCACAUCUGCGCAAGUACAUGAAGAAAUUGUUAAACCCAGUUACUCACAAGAUUAUCAAAAAGCUUGUAUUGAUUGUGUCGAUGGUUGACUUUCACGAAUACAUUUCCCCUCCCGAAGUUCUUGGACUGGAAACUGUACCCAGUGCUAUGUUCUUCCCUGUAAAUCGUAUAAUGCAGUUUAGAACACUUGUUCCCAUCACAUUGAAAAUCAGUGCAGAGUAUAUACAACUGACGACUGUCCGAAAACAAGAAAUCUUCAUUGGCGUUAGUACGAUUAUGAAUGAUGUGUUUCAUAUUUCUGAGAUCGAGAAUAUCGAGACUGGGCAACAUGGACAAGGGUUAGACAAUAUGCAUGUAUUCAAUUUUAGACACGGAAAAGAUCGACUAAACAUUGUAUUGCACUCUCUCAAGAAGGAUGCUAUUGUUGGGACUCUUCGGCACAGUAAACAGAGAUACGAGGCAUCUCUACCAACAGCUCUUUCGGAGCGUGUGGUUCGGCCUAAUGAUGUUCCUGGAAGAUUACUUAACAUGGCCCUACUUAAUAUUGGCAGUGUUGAUCCUAAUCUACGCCUCUCUGCUUAUAAUCUUCUGUACUCUCUCAGUAGAGCAUUCAACUUUAAUGUUGGUAGACAACUUCUUGAUGCAAAAGAUCUUUGCCUUCCAUCAAAUAGCACUGAAUUUGUUGUCAGCAUAAGCAAGAGACUGGCAGCUUCCGAACCAAACCUGACUUUGGAAUUCUUAAACGAGUGUUUUGUUGGAUUUCAAAAGUCUAGUGAGCCACUACGUUACCUUUGCUUAGACUAUAUGCGACCCUGGCUUCCAAACCUGGCUCUAUUCUGUCGAGGUUCUCUGGAAGAUUUAGCAAAGACAAAGGAUAUUGUUCGAUUGUUAAUUGACUUGACGAUUUCUCGAACGGAUAUGUAUAAACUUAUUCAGGCAAAGGUUUGGAAGACAAUAGGAAAAGUAGAUGAUGUCCUUGAUCUUGUCCUGGAUACAUUUAUUUUGUUUUCUAAUGAACAUGGCGUUGGAUCUGUUCAAGCGGAAGCCAUGGCGGAUACAUUUGUUACUCUCUCAAAUGUAGUAGUUAGAGGAAAACUUGUCACUCGACUUCGCAAAGUUCUCCAAAAGACAUCUUUUAAGCCUACCCGGACACUGACUUCUCACGUAGCAUGGACAGAGAUAGCCGUCUUGAUCCGAUUCCUUCUUAUGGUGUCAUUCAACAAUCAUGGUCCCGUAAAAAGCUAUCUACCCGAGAUAUUUUACAUUGUUUCCUUGGUUGUUGGCGUUGGUCCUACAUUAGUUCGAGCCUCUGUCCAUGGAAUUAUUAUUAAUGUGAUUCAGUCCCUGUGCACUUCCAUGCCGCUUUCGGACACAAACGUCAAAAAACUUCAGUUGUUGCUGGAGGACAUGUCUGGAUCCAAAGCACGCCUUCUUUUUGGACUUGCCAAACCUCACACAAAUGCAUUCACUAUUGCGACGGAAACGACCACAGACACUACUGGAUUGAUCCAUUUGACAUCUCUAGAGUCAAUUGUUAAUACUUGUCUGGAAGUUCUUCAGUAUAGUGCUCCAUCUACAGAUCUAGGUAACGCGUGGAGAGCUAGAUGGAUGAGUUUGGUAGCCAGCACAGCUUUCCAGUUUAACCCAGCUAUUCAGCCACGUGCAUUCGUUAUUCUUGGUUGUCUAGGCCGUGAAGAAGUAGAUGACGAUUUGCUCUAUCAGAUUCUUGUGGCCUUACGAGGUGCACUAGCAAUAUUCAAUGACUCUGACCCUAGUCUUGUAAUGAGUAUUAUGAUGUGCUUAAAAAACAUUGUGAGCAGUCUUCCUACAGAAUCGCGUUACUUGCCACAGCUAUUCUGGGUUGCUAUUGCCUUGCUUGAGCUUAAUAACAGUUCAACAUUUGGUAUGGCAGUGGAUCUACUUCAGGCAGUAUUGCGUUCUUUGGAAGUGUGUGGAUUCUUUGAAGAAGAUACCAUCGCUUCUGUACUCUUGGCCGCACGCGAACCCGUUGCUGAUAUUGCGCGAAAACUUGAUGGAAUAUGUGGUGUUAACUUUGAUACACACUUUUCGUUUGCAAUUUCGGGAAUCUUCAUCAAGGGAUUACGUUACAACGACUGCAAGGAUGCUAUCUAUCAAGGGUUGACAACAUUCUUAAACAUCGAGUGUAAACAUAUGGCGAACAUGUCGUUGGAUGGUGACGAUCUUAUUGAUGAAUCGCAGUCCCUAGGUUACAUUACUGUCCUUCUUCCCAUCGCAGCCAAGAACGAGGCGCUCAAAGAUCUGUUGAGAGUUGCCGGUAUUAAUGAACUUGAUGUUGACAACCUACAGGCUGGUGGUAUCUGCUAUGGACUGUUUGACAAACUCGAUAUACCGGACAACACAACUGCACUUCUUUUGUUUUCGUUGCUGGCAACCCAAUUGAAUUGCUCUGAUAGUGAGUCGGAGCGUCUGUUUAUCUAUGGACUUUUGGCCGAAGCAGCUGUUUCUAUGCCAGAUGUAUUCCACUUUGUAUAUGAACUUCUCCUUCCAAAGAUGAACCAGAUUGUGAUCAGCAGUCAAACACAGGCGAUUAUGGAAUCUGUAAAGACCAUUCUGCUUACAGCUUGUUCUAAUCCUGUAUUUAUCAAAACUCCCGGAAAGCCUACACUAAAAGCUCUUCUUCAAGAACUUGGAUUUUCCUCCUUGUGUGACCCCACCUUUGGCGUUGGGGCGGCAAACUCGACACAGAAUGCGAAACUGGCAAGCGAACUGGUAGAGCGUGUCAUAGCAAUUUUAUUUUGCUAUAGUACCCUUGAACUUUACAUGUUCUCUGCGUCUACUCUAUGUUACCAAGUGCACAAAUGCCACGUUUGCGGAGAAGUUGUAUACCACAAUCAUUCAAGAUUUCAGUAG